AUGGCAGCGGCUCCUCAAACCCACGAAACCGCCGUCGGCAGGAGCCGACUUGCUCGCCGCGAGAGCGGUUCGGACACGUUACGCUUUAACGCAACGAGGGCACCAUGUGCGCUGGCCCAGCGCCGGAGGCUGGCUCACGCCUCGACGUCGCAAGCGCGGAGAGCCGGGAUUGCUAGAGGAAACCGAGGGGGAAUUUUUCGAGGGGUGCAGAGGGGAUGUGACCGGUGCAGACUUGUAAUCCUGCUUGUCGAAACAGACUCCAGCCACCCUUGGCCCUGGGGUGGCAACCGAGUCACAAGACAGGUAAAUUUACUCUUCUGCCUGCAGAUUUCCCCAUGGUUUUGUUUUGGUGGAGGCGAUUCUUCGCUCUCUGCCCUCCUGUGUCGCUCAGCGGUUGAUGGUGGACUGAGCCCUGCAGACCCUGUGGGAGAGGGCUCGGGAAGUGCUAACACAGACCGAACUCGUUUGAAUUUGCCCAUCGCUAUUCCAAAGAGGUGCCGAUUUGAUCUUCUUUUGAAGCGUGCAUCUUUUUUUCUUCUGAUUGUAGGGUGCCCUGUGUUGCGCGCCCAGGCUUUCCCUGCUGAGACUCGUCCCUCGCUGCUGCACGUGCUAUUCCUGCAGCGACCCGACGAUGGGACCGAGCUCCUGCUGCGGGUGGAGAGUGCCGGCCGUGCCGGGGAAGCAGAGGAGCUGCCUGAGAGUGGGAUGUCUCAAAGAGCAAGCAAGAGGCGGCACAGCAGAUGUGACCCGUUCCCAGCCUGGGCCGGUCGGACACAGGGGAACCGAGGGUUCCAAAUGAAGAUGAAAUUGCCACCACAUGGACAGCACUGUGAUUCAUACAGUAUUCAAAAGCAUUAGAAGGGAGUUUUGUUUUUUUAAGGAAUGCUCUUGCCUCCCGCUGCUAGCAGCUAAUAAAUGUUUGUAUAGCAGGGAAAUUCCAGAUGGGUGAGAGAAAGUUAAUCUUCUGCCAAUGUUCAAAUAAGGUAAGCAGAAUAACUACCAUGAUUAUUAGACACUUAGCUUUAUCUCAGUGUAAAGCAUACU